AUGACCUCCCUGUCAGCUCUCGCGCCUCGUUCACUCCGUUUACCUCACGCCCUUCCCCCUCAAGCGAUCCGUUUUCCCUCCCGUCACGCCCCUCGCUGUCCUUCUCUCCCACCCCCAACCCCUCUCAGUUGCAUCGUCGACGGUAACAAGAAGUUUCGCAUAUUCUCGGGUAACUUCGCGUGCGGCAUCGUGCUGGAGAACCUGGUGGUGCAGCACGCGCUCAACGGCGUGCACGUGGGCGCCUGCCAGUUCGCUGCGCGCCGAGUCACCUUCCAGCACAACGUGGCGGACAAGAGCUCCACAGGCGGGGCGGUUUUCAACUCUAGAGACAGCUCACCCACUGCUGGCACGCCCCUGCAGUUCACUACGUGCGUCUUCCUUAACAACACAGCUGCCGGCAAUGGCGGCGUUAUCAACGUGGGGAGGGACCCCACGGGAGGGCCCGAUGUGAAGAUCGCUAAGUGCACUUUCAGUAAAAACUCAGCGGGACGCAGUGGAGGCGCGAUUUAUUCCGAAGGGAGUGAGCUUUACCUGCGCCAGUCGACGUUCUCCCAGAACACUGCUGCUCGUGGCGGCGGUGCUAUCCUCACCACAAGUCCAAUCCUCACCUCCAUCGGGACGCGCUUCUCAGCUAACGCAGUGAUGAACGGGCGAGGCGGUGCCAUCUCCAUACAAGCGCAGGGCGCGGUGGUGCAGUUCUGCAGCUCCAACUUCCGACGCAACAGGGCGCCGGUGUAUCCCGUGUCGAAUGACAUGAACGCCGGGACGAGUGACGGCACGGUGACUGCGUGUGGGAGCACUGGACCCAGGAGAAUAAGGAAAACGCCUGCCUUGAAGGAAGUCCAGAGCUGCAGGAGAAACUUCCGCCGCAGCAGGGCGCCGGUGUAUCCCGUGUCGAAUGACAUGAACGCCGGGACGAGUGACGGCACCGUGACUGCGUGUGGUAGCAUGGGGCCGAGGCGGAUCCGGAAAACCCUAAACCCUGAAGGAGGUUCAGAGCUGCAGAACCAGUUCGACCCUGCCAAAGCCUGCACUGUGUGCAAGAUGGGGUACACGCUCGAGUCCAAGUGCGUGGCCUGCUCCCCGGGGUUCUUCUCCGGUCAGAAGGGGCGCUGCACAGUGUGUGGCACCGUGGACAAGAAGGGGCGCUGCACCGUGUGUGGCACCGUGGACAAGAAGGGGCGCUGCACCGUUUGUGGCACUGUGGACAAGGGCAGAAGGGGCGCUGCACCGUGUGUGGAACCGGAUAAGGUGCGUGGUAGUGUGGACAAGGUGUGUGGCACCAUGGACAAGGUGUGUGGCACCGUGGACAAGGUGCGUGGUAGUGUGGACAAGGUGCGUGGUAGUGUGGACAAGGUGCGUGGUAGUGUGGACAAGGUGCGUGGUAGUGUGGACAAGGUGCGUGGUAGUGUGGACAAGGUGCGUGGUAGUGUGGACAAGGUGCGUGGUAGUGUGGACAAGGUGCGUGGUAGUGUGGACAAGGUGCGUGGUAGUGUGGAUAAGGUGCGUGGUAGUGUGGAUAAGGUGGGUGUCAGGGACAAUAUAGCAUGGCAGAAGGGGCGCUGCACCGUGUGUGGCACCGUGGACAAGGGGUUCUUCUCCGGUCAGAAGGGGCGCUGCACCAUGUGUGGCACCGUGGAUAAGGUGCGUGGCAGGGAGAAUAGGGCGAGUGGGUGUGAGAAUAAAGCAUGUGAGAGGGAGGGACAAGGGGCACUGCGCACUGUGUGCAAAAUGGGAUACACGAUGGAGUCGAAGUGUGUUGCCUGUGCUGAGGGGUUCUUUCUCCGGCCAGAAGGGGCGCUACACCGUAUUCAAGAGCUCACAGGCGAGCUCUCCAACCUUAACAACGCCACACAGGCUGCUUCCUCCAAGCGCUGCCAGCAGAUGUGUCAGAGGGCCCAGACACAGACGAAGCUGUACAAGAACUACUGCAACCUGUGGGCCUUUGUGGAGAACAGGUGA